AUGGACGAAGACUUCACGUAUGAGAACCUAAAUGGACUCAAAUAUCUCAAUGCAGUCAUCAAUGAGACCCUACGGCUCGCACCCCCUCUCAGCUCCGUUCAGAGGGUGUCCGUCGAGGACUACAAACUCGGAAACACAGGGAUUACAGUACCGAAGGGAACUACGUUAGAGUUUCAGCCCUAUAUACUCCAUAGAGAUCCCUUGAAUUUUGAUGAUCCGGAACAGUUCAUACCGGAGAGGUUUGUGAAUCCCACACACCAUCCCUACGCGUUUGUACCGUUUGGUGGCGGACCCCGACUUUGCAUCGGACAACGGUUUGCCUUAAAUGAGAUGCGAAUGUGUAUCGCAAAGUUGAUACAUAAAUACGAGUUCACGACAGCACCGGGAUUUAAGUUGGACUAUUUCACUGGUAACUUUUUGCUAACCCCUAAACAAGUGUUGGUCAACAUUAAGAGACGAUAUUUGAGGCACCGGUACACCUACUGGUCCCGACACGGUGUCAAAGGGCAUAAUUACGUGGACUUCUGGGAAUUUUUCACAAAGUUUACGGACAAUGUGAUGGUUGGCUACCAAAAGUUUGGUCGAAUAUAUGGGACGUAUUUCUUUAUGAGUAAAUGGAUUGUUGUGAACGAACCGCAACUCAUCCGGGAUAUUGUGGUCAAAGACUUUCACAUAUUUCCCAACAGAUAUGACAUGAAUUUAGGCGAAAGUAAGAUCUCGAAGGCG